UGAUCGUCCCCCCAGCCACAGAGAGCGUCCGCCGGCUCCGAUGAACGACCUCAGCCGUAACUCGGGGUGCAUUUCAUAACCCGAGCUGACCAUCCUCUCCCACAUGCUCUGACACGUCUCCAGAUCAUUACGCACGAUCCCCGUCGUUGUCCGGCGGGAGGGAAUCAUCAUCAUCAUCAUCAUCAUCCACUGGGGCUCUGGGUUGACACAUUGUGAAUAAAAGACAAGAGACGCGCGUAAAAGGAGGAGGAAAGAUGUUGCUGAAGGAGUACAGGAUAUGCAUGCCCCUCACGGUGGAGGAGUAUCGGAUUGGGCAGCUGUACAUGAUCAGUAAACACAGCCACGAGCAGAGUGAUAGAGGGGAAGGAGUGGAGGUUGUCCAGAACGAACCGUUUGAAGACCCGGCGCACGGCCAAGGACAGUUCACAGAGAAACGUGUCUACCUCAACAGUAAAUUACCCAGCUGGGCUCGAGCAGUGGUUCCCAAAAUCUUCUACGUGACAGAGAAAGCGUGGAACUACUACCCUUACACCAUAACAGAAUAUACAUGCUCAUUCUUGCCCAAGUUCUCCAUCCACAUAGAGACAAAAUACGAGGACAACAAAGGAUGCAAUGACAAUAUCUUUGACACCGAGCUGAAGGAGCAGGACCGGGAGGUGUGUUUCAUCGACAUCGCCUACGAUGAGAUCCCCGAGCGCUACUAUAAAGAGUCUGAGGACUUGCGAUAUUUCAAGUCGGAUAAGACGUCGCGGGGGAUUCUUCAGGAGGGCUGGAGAGACACCCAGGACCCCAUCAUGUGCUCAUACAAACUGGUCACCGUCAAGUUUGAGGUGUGGGGUUUGCAGACCCGUGUGGAGCAGUUCGUACACAAGGUGGUUCGGGAUGUGUUGCUGCUGGGACACAGACAGGCAUUUGCUUGGGUGGAUGAGUGGAUUGAUAUGACUUUGGAUGACGUGCGGGAUUACGAAAAACAAAUGCAUGAGAAAACCAACAUUAAAGUUUGCCAUGAGCAGCAAGAGCAUUCCACCACAAAACCAUCUUCACUGGAUGACAUAGAGAUCCAUGACAAAGCAAGCACAUGACAAUGGAUGAGGUGAGAGAGUUUGAGCGCACCAUCCAGGAGGCCACCAACCAGAAGAUAGGGAUUUUUCCGCCGUCGAUCUCCAUC